AUGUUCCUUUUCUCUCAUAUUCCCCUCUCUGAUUCCACAUUUAUCAUAAACGACCCUUUGCCGACUCUAGCAGCGGAGAGGUUAAUCAAAAGUUUCAAUCUAAAGCCUGCACGUGACGUCAAUGUCAUCCCUGAAGACGGUUAUGAGGCUCCUAAACUCGUUGAGAGAGAAUUUAACUUGCCGGCGGCUAUUGACUCUGCCCGUUCUCCUUCACUUCAAGAUCUUAGUCACCAUGCUGGUUACUACAAACUUCCUAAUUCAAAAGCAGCUAGGAUGUUCUAUUUCUUCUUCGAAUCAAGAAGCAGCAAAGCCGAUCCUGUGGUGAUUUGGUUAACCGGUGGGCCCGGUUGCGGCAGCGAACUAGCUAUGUUCUAUGAGAACGGGCCUUUCACCAUCUCCAACGACUCAUCUCUUGCUUGGAACGAUUUCGGUUGGGACAAGGCCUCCAAUAUAAUCUACGUGGACCAACCGGUCGGGACUGGUUUUAGUUACACAUCGGACAAAAGUGAUCUCCGACAUGACGAGGAUGGUGUCAGUAAUGACCUUUACGAUUUCUUACUGGCGUUUUUCAAGGAACAUUCACAAUUUGUGAAUAAUGAUUUUUACAUUACUGGUGAAUCCUAUGCCGGACAUUACAUUCCGGCAUUGGCUUCAAGAGUUCACCGUGGAAAUAAAAAUAAAGAAGGAACUCACAUUAACCUUAAGGGUUUUGCUAUUGGCAACGGUUUGACCAACCCAGAGAUCCAGUAUGGUGCGUAUGCAGAUUAUGCGCUAGACAUGAAGUUGAUCUCGCAAUCUGAUCACAAUAACCUAACCAGUGAUUACACAUCUUGUCAACAAUCCAUAAAAAAAUGCAACGCUGAUAAGGGUGAAGCUUGUUCUUCUUCUUAUCUUAUAUGCGACAACUUAUUCCAAAAGAUGAUGCAUAUGGCUGGAAACAUAAACUUUUACGACGUGAGGAAACAAUGUAUAGGAAGCCUAUGCUAUGAUUUCUCAAUCAUGGAGAAGUUCUUGAACCAAGAUUCGGUUCGCAAGGCUUUAGGUGUGGGAGAUAUCAAAUUUGUGUCUUGCAGUACUGUGGUCUACGAUGCUAUGCAGAUGGAUUGGAUGCAGAAUCUUGAAGUCGGGAUUCCGGCUCUCCUCGAAGAUGGAAUCAAAAUGCUUAUCUAUGCCGGAGAAUACGACCUCAUAUGCAAUUGGCUCGGAAACUCGAAAUGGGUUCACGAGAUGGAAUGGUCAGGUCAAAAAGAGUUUGUAUCAGCCGCGACAGUUCCAUUCUAUGUAGAUAAUAAAGAAGCUGGUUUAAUGAAGAAUCACGGUUCCCUCACUUUCCUCAAGGUCCACGAUGCUGGGCACAUGGUUCCAAUGGAUCAGCCAAAAGCAGCACUACAAAUGCUUCAGAAUUGGAUGGAAGGAAAGCUCGAUACACCCACCGGUCGGACUGCUCGGCAGUGA